AUUUUGGAUUUCAUACUAUUGGCAACACCAUGAUCCGCAAACCUGUCUGGCGUUUUAGGAUCCGUUUCAACGUUAAGAAGUAUGGUAAAAAAUGCGAUUGUUCGAAGGAUGGUGGCACCUGCGAAUGCGGUCCCGACUGCCCGAGUCCACAAUGCCAGGCCAAGAUUGCCUUCAAGCGUUUGGGCACUAGUCCCCGAAACAUCCGGGAUCACCCCAUUGGAUGUGUACCCCAGUUCUUAAUCACGGAUGCCUUCAAGACCCCGAAGUUUAUACCGGCAUCCACGUAUCGAAUUGUUCAGCCCGACGAACAAAUCGGCCCAAAGGCGGGACGAAAGGAGGUCUACAAGAAUCCGGAGUACUAUAGCUAUUAUCGCUUUUCGUACUAUGAUAUUAAAACUGUCGUCAGUAAUAUCAAAGACGAAAUGUCAGCCAAUAAAUCGAAAUAGAUACAAAUUUACAAGUAA